GUUAAUUUUUAGGAGUCGUACACCUGCGCGAAUCGAUUUAAAGGCUACAGUAAUAUCUGUAAAACAGAAAGAAUAUAGUACAGAUCGAUCAUUCUUGAGUUGUGCAAGGCAUAACAAAAUGGUAAAAGUCUCAGCGACAUCAGAUAUACCAAUGGACGCAGCCACAUACUGGUUGGCAAGAAAUACACGCGAAUUCGUAAGUAUAGAAAACGUUAUAUUGCAGAAUGCCUCUAAGGAGAUCAAAGACUUUUGCAAUGCGGAAGGUGCAGUGGAGAGGCAACUGAUUGUGUGCAAACCUGAUCUGUCACUUGUUCCACCCUUUCUGAUGAAAAUGGGCCCGGAGGAGGGAAUUGUGCUUACGGAUCACAUCACCAUUGUCAAGGAUGGCUUGGAUACACCUUACCAAUUUAAAUGCACCACAGUACCGAACAUAUUCCCAGACAAAUGUAAGAUCAAUAGCGUGCUGAAAGUUUUCCCUUCAAAAGACGGUAGCAAAAUGUGCAAACAGACGAUAGAUAUCGACAUCAAAGUAGGUGUGUGGGGCGUAGGCUCGUCAGUGGAAAGUUUAGUGAGUGGUUUAAUUGUCGAGGGGUACAAGAAACUACCCAGAGUAACGCGGGAAUAUCUGAAAAACACAGACAUAUCCAAGAUACCAUCACCUGUGAAAGCCGCGGAGGUUCUUUCAUCGUAUAAAGAUGUAGCUGGCAUGGAGAUAACUAUGGACGACGAAGAAGAAUACUUUUACGACGCCGAGGACAGCUUUGUAAAUACGCUGGAUAGUUACUCAUACUCAGAUAGUGGUAUAGGCUCGCCAAAUACAUCAGACGACACGUCGCUGGAUCGUAUGGGUUUGGUGACGCAACAACCAGAGAGUUUCGAUGACGGCGUAUUUUUCAACGAUAUGUCGAUGUCCAAACUUCUGGGCAAUAGUAAGGUCCAAUUCUUAACUAAAAUUGGUUCAACACAUUCAUUAGAUUCUGCGGCAGGAUUUCUCACUUCCCCUGUUAAUGGUGUGGAAAAGACCUAUGUGCUAGAUGGCGAGGGUGGCGAACCCAGGGGAUGGACUUUAAGUUUUUGUGGAUUAAAUUUGUGCUGCAGGUAGUAAUGAUAUUAAAAAUUGUACCGCAGUAUGAGUUGUUAGGUUGUUAGUUUCACGCGCAUGCAGAAUAAUUCGUCGACUUUAAAUACGAUGACAGACCAUAGCCGCGCAAAGAGGCUUGAAUGUGGAGUAUGCGACUUUCUCACAAAUCUAUAAGUACAUAUCAUGCAAAUACUAAAGUACUGCAUAUACUUGGUCGAAAACUUGCUCUGCAUCAUCUACGCUGCUGUGGAGUGCCAGAUGUAUCGGGUAUCACGAGUAAACGUCUCAGAAUAAGGAACGCUGUAUACCAAAAUUUCGAAAGAUGGUAGUUUAAAACCCGAACGCAAGCUCGAUAUUGCAGACCUGCGCUUGCUGUGCGUGUGAACUUUACAUCAUGCUUGCACGUGAAGUUUGUAUAGAACUAAUUUUUCUAAAAUUUGUAUAGCACAAACUGUUCUAAGUAAUUGAAGAUACAUCACUGUUUAUGAAGAUCUAUAGAAAGCGUCAUAAUGUAUGUCCGAAGAGGCGGAAAACAACAUGUAAAAAUAAACGCCAUGUAGAUC